GGGAGUGGCGCACGUGCCGUGGGCGCGGAGACCCCCCGGGCCCUUGUGGGCGGCGCCGAGGCUUUGUUGGCCGCGUGCAGACUCGUCGCAAUGGAUCGCAGAGCCGGACAUUUGGGAGAGGGUCCCCAAGGAGAAAGGUGCCCGUGCGUGGACACCCCUCCCCUGACCUCCUCUCGGGCUCGCCCCCUUAUUGGAGCCGUGCUCGGGACACGCCGCGGCUCCUUCAAGCCCCCCACCGCGGGGCCUUCCCAGACCCUCCCCCACAGAUGGCAGGCGGCGCCCCUCCAUCCCCUGCGCCCCCCGAAUCGCCCGGCGCGCACAGCCUGGCUGGCUCUCCGUGCGCCCCCGCGCCCCGGGCUGCGCCGUGCAGGCCCCGAAGGAGCGAGCGGCGGCUGCGCGCAGGGCGGGGCCGCAGGGAGCCGCAGGGGGCGCCGCCCGGUCCCGCCCGGUCCCGCCCGGGGCGGGGGCAGGUGGUCCGAGUCUCCACAUGCCCCCGGGGAAGUGAGGCCGCAGUUCAGCGGCGCUUUCCGGCUCCGGCCCUAAUCUGCUCUUUCCCAACCGCGCCGCCCGCAGCCUGGCCAGACGGAGGCAGACGGAGGCUGAUCGCCCGCAUCAUGAAGGUCGCGCCGAUGCUGGUCCUCCUGGGCGUCCUGCUGUGCGCAGGGAGAGUUCAGGGUCUGCGCUGCUACAAGUGCUUGGGGGCCUCCCCUGGGAGCUCGUGCGCCCAGGACACCUGCUUAUUCCCCAACGGUGUCUGCGUCUUCCACCAAGUGACAGCAAUGUCUGACUCUAAGGAAUUGAAAAUGGAGAACAAGUUAUGCCUUCCCUUCUGCCCCGGGAAAGACACCCAGAUUCCAGGGACAACCAUUGUGGGCACAGUAGUGAAGACCAAGCUUUAUUGUUGCAAGGAAGAUCUCUGCAACGGGAUUGGCAAGGCUGUGGGCAGUGCCUGGGCCCUGGGCGGGGGGCUUCUGCUCAGCCUGGCGGUCACCCUCCUCUGGGUUCCGCUGUGGUAACCCCCUCCCUGCCUCCCCCCCCAGAGGCCCCUCUUCUUCCCGAGGCUGUGGGCCACUCCAGCCCAAGUUGGGAGUUCUGGGGAGGUUUUCCGCCACGGGGUUCGGGGGCAGGGCUAGGUGGGGGCUUCUUGUCAGGGGGACUCUGGUGCUCCAUGAGUUCCCAGUGGGAGACUUAGACUCAAUGCCCCCCAAAGCCCGGCUCCAGUUGCCUUUAAACCCACACUCACCGUCUUCCUUUCAACCGGGGGUCCUAGCCCGUCGCUGUUCCGGCCCCUGGGGUGAGAGUGAGACCACUGGACAGAGCCGGGGGCCUGAGGCUCCCGACUUGGUUGCCACUACCCCAUCUCACCCCCUCUGGGCCACAUCUGUCCAAAGAGGGAACAGCCCUAGAGUCUCGGGGUUGCUGCAGGCUUUGCCCACACAGCCCUGACUCCCCCCACCCCCCAACUCAAUGUUCAAUAAACACUCCGCUACACCGCA